AUCUGAGGUCAGGAAAUGGCCGAGUUUUCCCAGAGGAGAACAGGUGUUGAACUAAAGUCAAGCAAAACAUCUGAACAUGGGAACCUUCCAGCCUCAGCCCUGCUCUGUGGUAACCUGGGCUCAGACAUGCCUGUGACUGUGUGGUUUAUUUCUCUACAGAAGGUGACAGGCCGCCUCAUGCUAUCCGUGGGAGGGGCAGUGCUUGGAUCUCUGCAGUUUGGCUACAACACUGGUGUCAUCAAUGCCCCCCAGAAGGUGAUCGAGGAGUUCUACAACCAGACAUGGAUCCAUCGCUAUGGGGAGCCCAUCUUGCCUACCACACUCACCACACUCUGGUCCCUCUCGGUGGCCAUCUUCUCUGUUGGAGGAAUGAUUGGGUCCUUCUCUGUGGGCCUCUUUGUUAACCGCUUUGGCCGGCGGAACUCUAUGCUGAUGAUGAACCUGCUGGCCUUCGUGUCUGCUGUGCUCAUGGGCUUCUCGAAACUGAGCAAGUCCUUUGAGAUGCUGAUCCUGGGCCGCUUCAUCAUUGGUGUAUACUGCGGUCUCACCACGGGCUUCGUGCCCAUGUAUGUUGGGGAGGUGUCACCCACAGCUCUUCGUGGGGCUCUGGGCACCCUGCACCAGCUGGGCAUCGUUGUUGGCAUCCUCAUUGCACAGGUGUUCGGCCUGGACUCCAUAAUGGGCAAUGAGGAGCUGUGGCCCCUGCUGCUCAGUGUCAUCUUCGCCCCAGCCCUGCUGCAGUGCAUCCUGCUGCCCUUCUGCCCCGAGAGCCCCCGCUUCCUGCUCAUCAACCGCAAUGAGGAGAACCGGGCCAAGAGUGUGCUGAAGAAGCUGCGAGGGACCGCCGACGUGAGCCAAGAUCUGCAGGAGAUGAAGGAGGAGAGUCGGCAGAUGAUGCGAGAGAAGAAGGUCACCAUUCUGGAGCUGUUCCGCUCCCCUGCCUACCGCCAGCCCAUCCUCAUCGCCGUGGUGCUGCAGCUGUCCCAGCAGCUGUCGGGCAUCAAUGCUGUGUUCUAUUACUCCACGAGCAUCUUCGAGAAAGCGGGAGUACAGCAGCCUGUAUAUGCCACCAUCGGCUCAGGCAUCGUCAACACAGCCUUUACCGUCGUGUCGCUGUUCGUGGUGGAGCGAGCUGGCCGGCGGACCCUGCACCUCAUAGGCUUGGGUGGCAUGGCAGGCUGUGCCGUACUCAUGACCAUCGCGCUGGCACUGCUGGAGCAGCUGCCUUGGAUGUCCUAUCUGAGCAUUGUGGCCAUUUUUGGCUUUGUGGCCUUCUUUGAAGUGGGCCCUGGCCCUAUCCCAUGGUUCAUUGUGGCUGAACUUUUCAGCCAGGGUCCUCGCCCAGCUGCCUUUGCUGUCUCUGGCUUCUCCAACUGGACCUCAAACUUCAUUGUGGGCAUGUGCUUCCAGUAUGUGGAGCAAUUGUGUGGUCCCUAUGUCUUCAUCAUCUUCACUGUGCUCCUGAUUCUGUUCUUCAUCUUCACCUACUUCAAAGUUCCUGAGACAAAAGGCCGGACCUUCGAUGAGAUUGCUUCUGGCUUUCGGCAGGGGGGAGCCAACCAAAGUGACAAGACACCUGAGGAGUUGUUCCGCCCUCUGGGAGCUGAUUCCCAAGUGUGAGGCGCCCCACACCACCAGCCCGGCCUGCUCCCAGCAGCCCCAAGGAUCUUUCUGGAGCACAGGCAGCUGGAUGAGACUUCUAAACUGACAUCUCAGAUGAGCCAGGCCUGGGUCUCCUUUCUUCAGCCAGCAGUGAUGAUGUCCAGAAGAGUGUUCAGGACUAUAAUGGCUCCAGAAUUUUAACAAAAGCAAGACUGUUGCUAAAAUCUAUUCGGACAAGCAACAGGUUUUAUAAUUUUUUUAUUACUGAUUUUGUUAUUAUUUUUUUAUCAGCCACACCCUCCUAUCCCCACACCCCAGGCUUCAGUCCGAGUGGCUCAGUGCCUGAAGGUGGAACCAGGCCCUGUGCAGACACUUGCCUUCUUCACCAAGCUAAUAUUAGGGCUGGACCUAUGGCCAAGGACACACUAGUUGAACUAUGAACUACAAGGCUUCUACCCUAGGCGGUGGCUGUGACCACUCCCUUUGCAGGCCUGGAUCCUCUGCCCUAAGGGUUGGGCUUCAUUUUAGGAUUUGCCCACUCCUGUCUCUUCCUCAAAUUAAUCUUUCCUUGCCUAAGACCAGCUGGGAGCACAGAAGUGCAGGGAGGAGAGGGGAAGGGCUGCCAGGUUCUAGUCUCCUGUGCACUGAGGGCCAGACGAUCACCACGACAAAAGGCUUUGGGAGGCUAACUUACUGCUGAAGAAGACAUGGACACUUCUGCCCUGCUGUUUAUAGAUGGAAGAUAUUUAUAUAUAUUUUUUGGUUGUCAAUAUUAAAUACAGGCACUAAGUUAUAGUAUAUCUGGACAAACCAACUUGUAAAUACACCACCACACUUCUGUAACUUACCUGAAGAGAUAUAAAUGGCUGGUUUUUAGAAACAUGGUUU